AUGCGCAUCUUGUCGUGGAAUAUUAAUGGAAUCCGUACGCUACCGCAAUACCAUCCCUGGAAUACGUUCAAGUCAUGCGAAGGUAUCCUUGACGAGCUACAAGCAGACAUUAUAUGCUUCCAAGAGAUGAAAACAUCUCGUAUUGCCUUGCAACGCGAUAUGGCCAUUCCUGGCCCAUAUCACUCUUUCUUCUCGUUUCCAGCCAGCAAAGGCGGCUACAGUGGAGUGGCUGUGUAUACUGAUUCUCGUAAAGUCGUCCCACUGAAGGCUGAAGAAGGUCUCUCGGGGAAGCUGCAGGCGAAGCCGCCAUUAUCCGUCGACGAACGCGUCUCCCCCGCGUACCCUAUGGCGCACCAGAUCGAGGCGUUUCCGGACGAGCAAGGCAAUGUCCCUUCCAGCUUCGAUGCACUGGACGCGGAGGGACGCGGUCUUGUUCUCGAUUUCGGACUUUUCGUGUUGAUCAACGUCUACUGUCCCAAUGAGACGUCCGAUGCACGUCUAUCCUUCAAGAUGAACUACCAUCUCAUGCUCCAGGAACGUGUCCGAAAGUUAAUCGAAGAGGAGCAUCGAGAAGUCAUUGUCGUCGGGGACAUGAAUGUUUGCGCUACACCGUUAGACCACUGUGACGGCCACCUACCGAGCAAUUUGAAGACGUUUUGGGAUCACCCAGCUCGUACUUGGUUUCACAGCUGGCUGGAUCCCAAUGGACCGAUGAUUGAUAUUGUCCGGUCAUUCUGGCCAGACAGGAAGGGGCUCUAUACAUGUUGGAAUACUAAACUUUCUGCUCGAGAGACCAACUAUGGGACGCGAGUCGACUAUAUCCUUGUGACACGUGGUCUACUUCCAUGGAUCGCACUCGGAGACAUACAACCAUCGCUGAAAGGGUCAGAUCACUGUCCAAUAUAUAUUGACCUUCGAGAUGAGCUAGUCCUCGCGUCGGGAGCCACUGUUACCCUGCGCGACGCGAUGCGUCAGGACACUAUCCGGCACAACCCUCCUCGGUUAGCAGCCAUGUUUUGGGAGGAGUUCUCCAGCAGGCAGACUGUAAUCUCCGCCUUCUUUGGGAAGCAAGGCAGAGAUGAACCCCAGAAAGCCGAAGGAAAAUCGCCGUCUUCGACACCCCCGAAACUCACCCUGCAGGAACUAGUUGUCGAUGCCGUGGAGGCCGAGCACCCUCCCUCAGGUUCAUCCCGUAGCUUGAAGUCGCUCAAGCCUGCUGAGUUGCUGUCUUCACAAGCAGCGAUUUCUAAACGGAAGUCGUCUGAGAAGGCAUCUUCCUCAGCACCAGCGAAGAAGCGGAAAAACGAGUCAGGACAAGCCAAACUUGGGAGUUUCUUCAAGAAGCCACCAGUGGCAAAGUCACACUCGAGGGAGGUGAUUAACCUCGACGAUGAUGACCCAUCUUCCACCACAGCUUCCAUUGCAGCGUCGAACGGGGAUGAUACCCUUAGUCAGCUUGAAGCUGAUUAUCAACUAGCAUGCGAGCUGUCCGCUUCUGAGGGAGUUCUUCUUUCCCAAAGCGAAGCGUCGUCCUCUCAGAGUCAGAGCAAGUCCGCAUGGUCGUCCCUCUUCGCACCGGUGCAGCCACCAAACUGCAGCGUGCACGGUGAGCCAACAAAGCUCUAUACUGUCAACAAGCAGGGGCCGAAUAAAGGCAAGACUUUCUACUUGUGCUCUCGCCCCGUCGGUCCUGGAUAUGACAGGGGCAAAUUGGAGCGUCUGCGAGAUGAAGUUGAUCCUCGGUACCGGUGCAACUAUUUCAAGUGGGCGAGCGAACACAAGAGAGACUGCUUGCGAGAAACUGCGGCGAAGGAUCUUUUUAAGAACGCAACAGGGAUGGACUCAUAG